GCUACGAAACUGGUUAUCGAUGCUGCAGAACACUAAUCACCCAUCUGAUAUUUUGAAUCGAAGUGGCUUUGAUAAACAGUAUGAAGAAUAUAAGCAAGGCAUACAACUUACCCAGUGUGUCGUAAAUAUAUUUCAAGAAAAAUGUGAACUUCAGUCAAACUAUUCACGAGCCCUAUCAGGAUUAAGUGGUCGUUUACGUGAUACCUUAUCUAAAACAACCGGUGGAACUGUACAUACUGCAUGGUUAAGAAUAGCUGCAGCAUUUGAAAUGGAGUCUAAAUUAAAUGAAAAAUUUUCUGAAAAUUUGCUAAAAAAUCUGAUUGGUCCAUUGAAGGAUUUAAUUGAAACAUUGAAAAAAGACAAAAAGCCACUAAAGAAAUUAGUGGAUAAGGAAACAGACAACUUGUUAUCUCUAUACGAAAUGGAAUUUCGUGCAAGACAAAAAUUAUUUUCAUGUUUUCGUAAUUAUGAACGAGUUUACAAUAAUUAUGUGAAUCGAAUAGAUCAACAACAACAUGUGCAACGACAAGAACAGGGCGAAAAUAAUGAACUCAGUCGCAGCUGGCGCAGUCGCAGUUUGAAUCGAUCGGAUACAUUUAGUCUCUGUACGAUAGACUCUACAAGCAAUAGUACAUCUGAUCAUGAUUCAUUAAAGAAUUAUUCAUUAGUGAAACGAAAUUCGAUUGAUUAUCACGCUAAACCACUGACAACCGCAUCUUCCGGAUCAGCAGUAGUAGUAAACACUACGAAAUCGUCUACUUUGGCAUCAGUCAACGGAAAUAUGGAUUCUACAAAUCAUCUUUCUCCACCUACAACUACUCCUGUUUCUUCGACUUAUUCACCUUCACGUUUAAGCUUUUUGUAUACUUCCUUACCGUAUAGAAAAUGUACAAAAAGUUCAAGUUUUGCAACAGCUGAUUUGAAGUCAAAUAAUACUGUUAGACGUCAUAAUAGUUUAUCGUCGGGAGAUGUAAAUACUAAAAAGUUAUUAACAGUAUCUAAGUUAAAGAAUGCAUAUAAUGCAACUCUUACCGACUAUUAUCGGGCUUGUGUAUCAGCUGAAGAGGCUAGAAUAGACUGGCAUACGAGAAUGCUGAAGUGUUUCAAUGAUCAACAAACAUUAGAAAGUCAACGGUUAGAUGGUUUAACCAAAGGUCUAACAGUUUAUCGUAAUACUUUAGAUGAUGUCUUACCAAUUUGGAAAGCUGCUAUCAACGAAUUAGCUAAUGGUAUUAGUUUAGCUGAUCCAUUACUGGAUUUACAAAAUUUUCGACGUCGUUCAUAUGUAGACGAAUCUCUUAAAAUGUCUACACAACAAUUAACGACAACUAAUGAUCCUGAUAGUUCAGUGAAAUCAAAAAUAUCUGCUAAUGUCGGGUGUUCACUUCAACGUCUUAUUGAUUUUCCAAGUGAAAAUAUGCUCCUUCUACGACACCAUCGUUUACACGAAGAAGACUCACAGGAGAAAUCAUCAUCUUCGAAGUCGAGAGCAUUUAAUAUUCUUCGAAAGAAAUCGCAAACAAUCAAUGGGAAGAUUAAAGAAGGUACAUCCUCAACUUCUGCUGGUUUACAGUCGACAACAAAAUUAUCAUUGCCAUUAUCACCAAUACCAUCUGCUAGUUUACGUUUAAUAAUUCAACAUUAUUUAACAAAACAGUCAAUGUUACAUCUACUUGAUUUGUUGGCUAAAGAUGUUGAAAAAGAACGUCGUACUAAAAAGGGGUUAACAAAUCUAGUUCAAGUAUACGCCCAUCAACCAGCCUAUACAGAUAUGAAUACACUUAUGGAAGCACGUCGUCGUUUAUACUUCUCUCGAGUACGUCUCACUUAUCUUACAUGUUGUCGUCAAAAAGUGGCGCAUAAUUUAAAACAACUGCAUGCAUUAGAAACUAUGGGUGACAGUAAUUCAACAUGUAAUUCACUAACAUCAACAGAUAUCGAAUUACCUUUGUGUUUAAGUCAAGCUGGCUUCUCAAAAUUAGUUCUAGAUUCACAUAUAUCACCUGAGCAAAGCAAUAACAAUACUGGGAUUAUUAACAGUUCUAUGGACCACAGUAAAAAGUCCUAUUUGAUUACAUCUCGUUGGGUGUAUCUACCCGAUUUGGACAUAUUGCCUAGUCAUGGAGGAAAUUUAAUCGAAUGGCCACCAUUCCCAGUUAACGACAUUGUAAAUGAAGACCUUACUGAUAGUGUUUUCCAACGGGAUAUUGAAAAUAUUCGUGAAUACCUGGAUACACAAAACUCAUAUUGGAUGUUAGAGAAUACCAUCAACAAUGACAGUAGUCUAGAAACUCAUCAUGAAACCACAUCGAAUUAUACAAAUUCGAAAUUGUCUGUUAAUGGACAUAUUGAAAAAUUAGCCGAUGAUAACAAUCAACCAUCUUCAGGUAAAGAAUUCUCAAACAAUCAGUCCACUUUCACCAAAAAUCUAGUUAAAUCAUCCAAAGAUACACGGGAUGCAAGUGCUUCACGUUCAGCGAUUCCAGAAGUGAAGAAAUCCAUUGAUACUAAGGGCACAUUGCGUAUUAGUAAUACUAGUACUAGUGAGUCACUACACGGAAGUCAGUAUACACCUUCAAAUCAAUCCUCUAAACAAGUUAUUUCAAAUGACAAAUCAGCAGAUUUGUCUACAGCUGAAGGGAAACCAAUAAACCCUACUUCCAGUAUCUCUACUGCUAUCACUACUACUGAGGCUAAGAAUACUACUACUACUCAUUUUUCAAAGGAUUCCCUUAGUGGGUCAAGAAAGCCAAUUAUAAAAACACCAACACUAGGAGUAGAUGAAAUUGAGGCAGCUGACUCUGUGAUUAGUUCUGUCUCGUCUAUUUCAACCGCUUCAAUCACUCGUUCGCCGUCGACUACUACUGCUACUACUACGGUGAACAGCAAAGUGUCUAAAGAAAACUUAACUACAAGUAAUUUUUGGUCUCGUUUUGGCUAUGGAUCACGUGGGACGACGCUUAGCCAACAACAAUCUUCCUCUAAUCAACCCAGUUAUAAUUCGCUUAAGUUGGAUAAGAGUAAUACCAACAGUAAUAUUAUACAUUGUAAUAAUACAAUAAAGAAGAAAACGAUUAUUAAAUCGGAUAUUUCAGGACCAUCAAGUUUACGAUUUGCAAACAUUCCAAAUAGUUCCUCUACAGAUUCUGGUAAUAGUAGUAGUUCAAUGGAUAUUCGACCUAGUCCUUCACGUAAAUCAGUUCAUUUUCACACUGAUGUCAUUAAAAAGGAUGAAGGUGUUCGCGUUAACGAUAGCUGCGAUAUGGACUAUGAAAAUUGGUCUUCAGCUAAUUUCAAGUGUUUAGGUUGGGCAAAAGUACAACAGAAUUAUACUCCUCGUCAGUCGACAGAGAUUUGUUUACAAGAAGGUGACAUUGUCAGUAUUUAUCGUAAAGAUAGUCCAGAUUGGUGGUUCGGUGAAGUGAAUGGUACAAAGGGUCGUUUCCCGGUCAGUCAUGUCGAAGAGUUUUAAACAGUUUUUUUUCUUUAUUUUUCUUGGUCAAAUCAAUGAGCUACUCAAAAUUUCCAUCCUCGAAUUUUCUCUAUUUCUUAAUCCUUUUUUUAAUCCCAUUCAAUCAUCCAACUUGUUUUGCUUUUUUCAACCUACUAUUAUGCGCAUUUCUCGAAAGUGAGGGGGGCGUUAUGCUCUAUUCAGAUGGAACAGAAUUGCGCGUCACUUGAUGAUAUACUAUAUAUGGCUGUUCUACUCGAAGAUCCUAGAUGAAGAUAAGAUGCAUUAUGCAAUUAAGUUACACUGAGGAUACUGUACACUGUGUAAACACUUUUGUUCAGAAUAAAGUUGUGAUCAUCAUUAUUACUAUUAAUAUCGUUAUUAUACCCUACAAAUAAUAUAUUGUUUUUUUAUUUUAUUUUUUAUUUAUUUUCAUCUAAAUCAUUUUUAUUGGAGUACUUUCCUUUGGGAAUUUAGAGGUAUUCAUUUGCUAUUGUUAUGCUUUAAUAUAUAUAUAAAGACAAUAACCCAUACGAGACCAGAUUAUCAUCUAUCUUUAUCCCUGUGCUAUUGGUACACAAAGAGAGAAGUUUAUAAAAAUAAAUAUUUUCUUGGCUUAUAUCUAAUUUAGCCUUUCUUUGUCUUUAUUUACAUUCUGAUUAUAACUCGUGUUUAUUGAAUUAUUUAUCCUCUUAUGUAACUGUAAAUGUCCUUAUUCAACUUCUUCAAUUAACAACUAUGAUGAUGACAAUUCGUCAGUUAUGUUACUAUCCUCUUUGCAAUUGUGCAGGUAAAGAGGAAAAUGAAUUCACGUCGAUAAGACCCAUCAUCGUCACUGAACACUACUUCUUUUGUUCUUUUCAUGAAGUAUAGGUAGACAUUAUAUGUUUACACGCAUAGAAACCUACAUACAAAUCCCUACUUUCUAUUCUGUUCUACAGUUGUAUGUGAUCAUUGCCUUAACUUAUUUAAGAUACAUAUAAAAUUAGGGACUAAAAAUCGUCUUCAAUGCUGCAUCAAGUGUUCUUGUAAAUAUACACCUUUAUAUGACUACUGUAUGUAUGUAAUAAAGCUCAUCCCUUUUUUUAUUAUGUUUAUUGAACACAUUGAACCGAAUGUACAUAAACAAAAAUUUUGUCAGUACGUGUACCUUGUAUAUAUACUGUUCUCGUUCUACUUAGAUUCAUUUUAUGAAUAAGGCGAUUAUUGUUUAACAUUAUUCAGAUUGAGGAUAGAAUAAUUUAAGCCAACAAAACAGAUUAUAAAUGAGACUAUAUAUAUAUAAGCUUUCUUUGAUAAUAACAAUUGCAAAGCGUGUAUUUGAGGAUAACUGUCAUUAUGCACCACUAUUAUUGAUGAAUUCCAUUUGAAAUUCUUACGUAUCCAGUGUAUUUUCUAUUGUUUUCUACUGUGUUGUGUUUUUUUUUCAUAUGCUUUUUCAUUAGUUGAUUUCAAAUUGCGCCAACUUUUCACUUUAUCUUCUUGUUUUUUCUUUCGAAAUUCCGUUUGAAAAUAUUGUUGAAUUCAUUACAGACAUUGUAUGCAGUCCCUGGCUGGCAAAAGCCUUGCUUUCUCUCUCUCUCUCUCUGUACAUAUAUAUAUAUAUAUACGCGCAUGAUUUGAAUCUUUUAUAUUUCCCUGUUUUGGAUACUUGUAAUUCAUUCAGUUUGCUAACUUGCUAUAUUUAUAUUAUAUCCCCUACUUCUUAAAUUAUCUCGACCGUUGUGUCUCUCUGUUUGUGUGUGUCUGUAUUUUACAAUAAUAAUCCAUACAACUUGCCU